UGCGUGAUUUGUUUUUUUGUGUGGGAUAUGUCUUCAUAAUCAUACGGGGGCCAGGUACUCACCUUGUAAUAAAGCCUUAACCUCUGAUAUUCUUUAAAACGUAUUCAUGCUAUUUGCAGUUUCGAAAAUAUCAUGCCUUUCUGAUGAACAUGUUCACCGUAGACAGAUACAAAUCUGUACAUAGACUUCUAAACUCGGAAACUCAAUCAUACUGUCAUACCAGCAUACAGUUUCAGAGUUUGAAGGAGUUUUACUUGUACUGGAAACUCAAUCAUACUGUCAUACCAGCAUACAGUUUCAGAGUUUGAAGGAGUUUUACUUGUACUUUUAAGGUUUUAUUCAGUAUAAUCAUCUUCUUUCAAACUUUCUCACAAUCAUCAUCUCAAUCAUGGGCCAAUAUCUAGUUGAAAGAAUACAAGAAGUUGGAACUGAGCAUGAUAUUGAAAUUGAUUUCGUUUGGAAUCGAUCAACAGAUAAACUUGAAGGGAAAGUUGAAAAGAGCCUGAUUCUUGAAACAUUGGAAGAUUGUUCAACGAGGAAAGUUGAUUUGAUUGUGGAAGUCUGUCAUCCUGAAAUAUGCAAGAACUAUGGUGAAAAGUUUCUGCAACACUGCAAUUUAUUUGUUGGUUCGCCAACUGCAUUUGCUGAUCAAGAAACAGAGAAGAUCUUAAGAUCUGCAGUUGUUAAAUUCGGACAUUCAUUAUAUGUACCAAGUGGUGCACUAUGGGGUGCUACAGAUAUUAAAAAAAUGGCUGACCGGGGCAGUUUGAAGGGAUUGAAAGUUACAAUGAAGAAACAUCCAAGUUCAUUUAGACUUCAUGGAAAUCUUGAAGAAAUUAAUUCAACUGCUUUUCAAAGUAAUCAUCCUGUCACUCUUUAUGAAGGACCAGUCAGAAAGCUAUGUCCACUUGCGCCAAAUAAUGUGAACACAAUGGCUGCAGCUGCAAUUGCUGGACAUAAUCUGGGAUUUGAUGAAGUUGUUGGGUGUUUAAUUUCUGAUUCAAGUCUUUUAGAAUGGCAUAUAGUGGAGGUGGAUGUGCUCGGACCAACAAAUAGUGAUAAUGGUAACACAUUUAAUGUUACAACAACAAGAAAAAAUCCAGCAUCAGCUGGAGCUGUUACUGGAAAUGCAACUUUUGCCUCAUUUUUCAGCAGCUUAAUACGUGCCCGAAAUCAAGGAUCUGGUAUACACAUGUGCUAAUGCAAUAUUUUUUAAUUUAAUCAUAACGUUAGUGAUAGUCUUUAAUCAUUGGUGAUAAGGGUAAUGGAUUAUAGCGAUUUGAAUGUAAAAAGAUUGCAGAGAAGUGGCGGUCAAUUAUCUCAUACUCACCUGCAUACAACUUCAAUCUCAAACCUUUUAAUACUGUUGUAAACCGCCAUUUGUCACACACAUCUGUAACCCAAAUGACAAUACUGUAUAUAAUUAUAUUUGAAUUUUUGCCUUCAAUCCUAAUCUACCUGAAUUCAUUAGUUCAAAAUAUUCAAUGGCGUCGAGUAUGGUAUUGUAGAAUUGGCCGUCUGGUCAUAAGUAGCCAUAUCUAAUAUUCCGGAUAACUUUAAUAAUAUGUUUCGCUUGCAAUCAGAGCUUUUUUGUUGUGUAUCGUUUUACAAUUUUUAUUGCCAAAAGAUAUCAUUCCCAUUUCUUGUUUUAUCUACACCGUUGUUGCAAUAUUUCGUAUCUUCAAUAAUAAUUAUUUGCUGACAAUCAUAAAUAUAUUCUGUGCAAUG